GAACUUUAAUUAAUAGUUUUCUAUCUUUCGUAAAACUUUUUCCUACGAAGAAACUGGACAAAGAAAGCAUUGAUGACAAGAUUAUUAAAAGUUCAGAACGAAUAUAUCCGGUAAAACAAUGUGAGACAAGAUUAGACCCAGAAGUCUCAAAGGAGUUAAAGGAAUUAAGUGAAAAAAAAAUAUGCGGAACUUCAAAUAAGGUGAUGCAAAUUCAAGAAAAAACAAAUAAGGUGAUGCAAAUUCAAGAAAAACACCCUUUUGGCUUAGCUUUAAAGUUACUUGAAGAACUUAUUGAUAAUUUGCGCUUGACAAGAUUAAAAAAAAUAUCUCCAAAUAAAACAGAAAUGGAAAUUAUUUCUCGACUUCUGUCUGGUUUGUCAACUGGUAUCAUAAAAAAAUCAAUUACUGCAGAAUAUGAUGAAGAGAAGAUAAUAGAUAGUAAGAAAGAUUAA